GCGGAAGUCGUUUGACACGGACACACCUCGGUGAUUCAGCACAAAGAACCAGGAGAGACUAUAAGAUCCUAAUCCAGCUGGAAACCACGUGAUAAAAAUGGAACCCAAGUCAGAACCAAUUGACAGAAUUAUUGAGAAUAAAUCAGAAGACCUGAAAGAGGAAAAGAGUCCAUCUGGUAAACCACCUCUUGUUAAAAAGGAAGCGGAGCCACAUCCAACCCAUUCUUUCAAGUGGAAAUCAGUGGGCCCAACCACCAUAGUAGUUUCCUGCAACAGAGCCGGAACUGUGGAGGACUCACUGAAAAGGAACUCACAUUUUAGGGGAAUAGCAAAAACGAACAAAGGCAGAGAGCUUGUUCUUCUCAGGGAUGGGAAAGCUAUUUGUUCACACUUUCCAUGCAGCUUAAUAAUGAAAGAUGAGUGUUUAACUGUCAAGUUUAUCAAAGUUGAAGACACAACAGAGGAAACAGCUGGUGGCUCUGCUCAUGUCAGAAGAAAGGGCUCAUCUGAUGAAGUUGUGUUGUUUCAUGUACGGAUGACGGGGGGGAAGGGUGGAAAACGCAUCUUGAAGAACCCAAACCUAAAAAACAACAUCCGUGUUGAUGAAAUGACCAUUUUCGCAUACAAAGGGGAAACAGUAAAGCAAGCUCUGAGAAGAGAUGCUCGAUUUCUGAAUAUUGUUUUCAAAAAGAAGUGCUUGCGCUCUACUGAUGACCUCGUCGUGAACAUGUCCAAUCUGGUGGAUGACCUAGGUGGCGAAACGUACACAAUCACUGAGGUCAAAAAUCUGCCAGACAGUCAGCCUAGCAGUCUUGAAGAGGACUUCGUACAGUCAGCUGAGUCUCAGAGACCUGAAGCUGAAGAAAACCAGGAUCCUUCAGAGCAGUCAGUGAAAGAUAAUACCGACACAAGUGGUCACACGGCAGCAGAACAAACCUCAGUGCCUCCCUCAGAAACAAUGAUGAGUUACCUCUGUUCACAGUUUGAAAAUCUUUUGAAUGGGGAGAUAACUGAUCCCUUUCGGGUUGGGAAAAAUACCCUUCCUAUGACGGAAGUCUUGCGUGUCGAGUAUGGAAAAAAUGCUCAGACGUGCACAGACGUGAAAACGAUGAAGGAGCUGAUGGGUUUCAGUAAUUCGGUUUGUCAGGUUAGAUUACACGAUGGGUCAACGGGGAGUGGCUUUCUCCUAUUUGACAGGUUUGUCCUCACAAAUGCCCAUGUGGUCAACGCCGUUUAUAAUGAGAGUGACAAAAAGCUUAAUAAAAAGGUCAUUGUCCAUUUCUCUUAUGAGAGUCAAUAUCAGACGGAGAGAGAACAGGAUUCGGUUGCAGAAGUAGAAGUAGAGGAGGUCGCUGGCUUUGAAUACACUGAGGACAUGUAUGACUGGGCUCUGUUGAAGCUCAAGGCUGGUGUGAAGUUGCCUAAUGGUCUGUUAAAUAAAUGUGGAGACCUUAACCAAAGCCAUGGUGUUCGCAUCAUCGGGCACCCUGAUGGUGGAGUAAAAAAAAUAGAAACAUGCUUGAGUAUUGCACCUGAAAGACGAAAAAAGGUUGUGGAGAAGAGCCGCAUCAAACAUAAAGGAAACACUGAAUUGAUCCAGGAUGAGGCGAAGAAUAGCGUAAAAAAUAAAGACAACACUAGUAUAUUGAUUACUGACCGUUACUUUAAAAAUGUGGCAAAACAAGUUCAGCGUCGCAAAAAUGUUGUAACUUACAAAACUUGUUUUUAUGAAGGGGCGUCUGGUUCUCCUGUCUUUGAUAAGGACUGCAACGUUUUGGCAAUGCAUUCAGGAGGGUAUAAGUUCAGAGACACAAAAACAGAUACAAUAAAGAGUGCAAUCGAGUUCGGCUAUUCUUUGUCUGACAUCAUUGAACGCAUCAAUAUCCAGUUGGUGGAAAGAAAAGUGGCUGACGAGACUUUUAAGGAGUUCUUUGAAUUCUGUAAAAAAGAGGAACCUGUCCCAAUGGAAACUUAAUAAAUGUACACAGACAAGUACAGAGCGAACUGCUGACAAAAGACAGUCAGUGAACAGAGAGCGAAUCUGUUUUCAUAGAUCAGGACUCUCGUAAGGAAAGGCAGGGAGUUGUAGAGGGAUCAAACUGAUGCUGGUUUAUAAUUAUAAAGUAACAAUAAUCACUUUUUGGAUAAAGGGAGCGGUGAUUUUUAGCCUGAUUGCAAAUACUUGUUUUUGUUCAUGUGAAACAAACAUGUUUUUUUUAACUCAACUAUCAUAUCCAUCGUCAUGUUUUUUAACCUUUUGUGCGUUUGCUGAAUUUUGUCGUUCUAUAUCAAAUGUGUCGGUUUCUGUUUUGGAAAUGUCCAUUGACUGGAUAAUUGGAAGGAUCCUACCUGGUCCAAAUGGGGGAUUCUUUUACUUAUUUACUCUGUAAGAAAAUGACAAUGAUGGACGGGUGGGGCUUCAAUUAUUUUCUUUCUUGUAUGAAUUUUAGUCAUCAUUUAAAAUUAAGGUAUUUUCUUUAAAUAGCUUUAUAAAUGUAUGAAUGAAAGGUCAAAGAUCAAAAUCUGAGUUAAACAACAUAAUCUGACCUUUUCUGUCUCAACUGAUGUCUGUUGUUGAAACUACACUCGUCCACAUCACUGCACACAUCUUUUGUAUAGAUAUUAGUGUGCUUUGUGUUUUUAACUGGGAUAUAAAUGUAAUUAUUUCUCUGCUUACUAUCAUAGUUGUUAAUUUUCUGCAUAGUUAUUUCUGUAUUUUCUAAUUUUGUGAUAUUUUGAACAACAUUUCGUUUGAGGCUUUAAAAACUCAAAAAGUUGAGUGAAAUGACCCGGGCUGCGUUCCAAUAGUUAACUUUACUUAAAGUUUUCUGCCUUUCCUGCACUAUGUGUUAUUAUUUGUCAUUUUUCUGUGUAUUUUGUUUAGUCCUUGCUGAAUAAAACUUCUAAGU